CAGCUUGGGACCGCUUCAGUGUCUGCUCGGUUGCGAGCUUCGGCCGGCCUCGGGCGGCCUCGGCCCGGCUCGGCGGGCGCUUCGGGCGGUUCGGACGGCGCCUUCGGGCGGGCUCGGCGGAGUCCGGAUGGAGGAUUCGGACUCGGCGGCAAAGCAGCUGGGCCUGGCCGAGGCAGCGGCGGUGGCGGCCGCGGCCGCUGUGGCGGCGGCGGCCGCGGCCGCGGCGGGAGGCGACGCGGAGGAGCCGGUGCUCAGCAGGGACGAGGACUCGGAGGAGGACGGCGACUCGGAGGCGGAGCGCGAGACGCGGCGCGUGACGGCCGUGGCGGUGAUGGCGGCCGAGCCCGGGCACAUGGACAUGGGCGCCGAGGCCUUGCCCGGCCCCGACGAGGCCGCCGCCGCCGCCGCCUUCGCAGAGGUGACCACGGUGACUGUGGCCAACGUGGGUGCCUCCGCAGACAACGUCUUCACCACAUCCGUGGCGAACGCCGCGUCCAUCUCGGGACACGUCCUGUCUGGCAGGACGGCCCUUCAGAUCGGGGACAGUCUGAACACGGAGAAGGCCACUCUGAUUGUCGUCCACACGGACGGGAGCAUCGUGGAGACCACCGGGCUGAAGGGGCCGACUGCGCCUCUCUCUCCAGGUCCGCAGUCUCCUCCGACUCCUCUGGCUCCCGGCCAGGAAAAGGGCGGGACCAAGUACAACUGGGACCCGUCGGUGUACGACAGCGAGCUCCCCGUCCGCUGCCGGAACAUCAGCGGCACCCUCUUCAAGAGCAGGCUCGGCUCCGGGGGCCGGGGACGCUGCAUUAAGCAGGGCGAGAGCUGGUACAGUCCUACUGAGUUCGAGGCCAUGGCAGGAAGGGCCAGCAGCAAGGACUGGAAGAGAAGCAUUCGCUACGCAGGGAGACCCCUGCAGUGCCUCAUCCAGGAUGGGAUUUUAAACCCCCACGCUGCCUCUUGCACCUGUGCCGCCUGCUGUGACGACAUGACCUUGAGCGGCCCGGUCCGGCUCUUUGUACCUUACAAAAGGCGCAAGAAGGAAAAUGAGAUGCCCACGACGCCAGUGAAGAAGGAGUCCCCCAAAAACAUCACGCUGCUCCCGGCGACAGCCGCUGCCACCUUCACCGUGACCCCCUCGGGGCAGAUCACUACCUCUGGCGCGCUGACGUUUGACCGCGCCUCCGCCGUGGAGGCCACCGCGGUCAUAUCGGAGAGCCCGACACAGGGUGACGUCUUCGCUGGAGCCACAGUGCAGGAAGCAGGUGUGCAGCCCCCGUGCCGGGGGAGCCACCCCGAGCCGCACUACCCCGGCUUCCAGGACAGCUGCCAGAUCGCACCGUUCCCAGAAGCUGCCCUGCCGACGUCUCACCCUAAAAUAGGUCCCUCUCUCUGCGUGACGCGGCUCUGGUCCUUCCAGUGCUGCGGGCGCCGGGGGGGACGUCGGCCGCCCCAGACAUGUGCACGGUGCUUCCGGGGGUCUCGUCCACCCCCGUCCUGGCAGCACAGCCGCGGGACCUCACGGCCGUGGCCGUGUCCCCGCGCCGUCCUCGCAGCCUCGGGCCGUGCGCCUCGGCCAGGAGGGGGGCGUCUCAGGGUGAACCCACAGAACUGCGUUGCCGGGUCAGAGGGAACACGCAACACACUGCGAGUCGUCGCCUUUUGUGGACAGACCGUGGAGCCCGUGUCAGACAUCAGUGUGGCGUCUCGGCAUCACGUGGUGGCUCUGGAGUGUGGCUGAUGUGCGGGGGUGUCGGCGAGCGGCCCGGUCCUGGGACACACUCACCCCACCUGGCUGUGUGCGGCUAGAGGAACAGGUGUGAAACAAACGUGGCAACGUGUGAACAGCUGGCAACUCUGGCUGGAAGUAUUGUGUUGUUGCAGCUCUUCUGUAGAUUUAAAUAUUUCAAAGUGGAAACAAAUGUGAUGUUUACUGACGUAAAUAAACAGCUAUAUCGGACUCCCUGAAAUGAAUUCUGUGGCUAAAGUUCCUCGUUUGUUUGGUGAAGUUGGUAGUCAGUCCCCGAGGUCUCCACCCUGAUAGUUUUCCUUGUAGACUGCGGGGUCCCCUGACUCCACUCCCCUUAUGGGGUCUGUGCGUUUUACGCCCCUCGGUGGCCGCCUGGUGCUGGCGAUUGCUGCCCAGCUGCGUCUCUGUGUUCAGUUCCUCACCCCUUCUCUCUGCUCCGCUUGCAGCUCCCGGGACAUCCACGACUCCCUGUUUUAUUCCAUCUUUUAAAAUUUUGAAACAGUCUCAAAUUUACUGUUCUAGUUUGCUAAUGCUGCCAGAAUGCAAAGCGCCAGAGAUGGAUUGGCUUUUAUAA